AAUGUCGGGAUGACUAGAAAUGAAAAAGAUUGAGAUCUGGGAUGAUCGCUCUUAGACUUUUACCUGUAGCUAUAUUGCCAUUUACUGAGCCAAAUCAAUUCUUUCGCUAUCUAUUAGUCUACUGCUGGUUUUUAAAAUGGAUUUUAGUAAAGGACCUUUGGAUCCAUCCCAAUUAAACAUUACAACAAGGCCAUUGCAUCAACCUCCUCUCGAUGAGUUAAUGAACGUUCUAGCAGGAGGAUUGACUACAAAUUUUGAGGAAGCUACUAUCGAAAUAGCAGAUUGUCCUGAUUUGGAUGAAUGGCCCUACCUUUUCUACCGUAAAGGUUUGUGUGGUAAUCCAAUUAUUUUGGAUAUUGGUGGACCAGCAUAUCUUUUACCGACUGCCCAGAAAGACAAGUUUUAUGAUAUUAAGCUGAUACUACGUCACUUAAAUUACAAUCAUGAUACACUCGUCAUUGGUGCAGGAGCUGGACCAUGGCCACAUACUGGUUGUAAUUGUGAACUUAUUAUGAAAGUAAAUAUACAGGUAAAUAAUAAAGUUGACCCGAGAAAUAAUGGAGUAGCGAAUGGAACACAUUAUGCAUUUGUAAACAAAUCCACUGGAGAAUGCAGCGUUACGCGAGUACUUGCCAAUGAAGAUGAAACAACUUUUGCAUUAAUGGCUAAUUUAUACGUGUCCGAAGGCAACCCAGGAAAAGUCAUAAGGGUACGUGCUAAAAAGCGUACCGGAAAACUGGAUUUCAUAUCAUGUAUGCAAAAUGCCUUGGAAAAUCAUUAUAAAGAUAAUCUUGUUGGUUUGGGUGGUAUGUUUGUGAUGAAGAACGGAAAAAUAAAACAGCACGUUAUGCCGAAUUUCUCGGACACUCCACUGAAUACUGAAACUCAACUUAACAACUGGUUACAUUUCUACGAUAUGGAAACUCCUUUGGUAGCUGUUGGCACAUUCGUUAGCGCCGAGACAGAUUUAGAUCUCAGAGUACAGCAUUUCCAUAGUGCCUCUAAUGAAAAUCAACUAGGUGGACAUUAUCACAUUGAUACGACGCCAGAUACUAUUGAGUAUGAAGGUUACUUUAAUGUAGCAACUACGCUUUAUCGCGUCGACCAACCUCCAAAUAAAUUGCAAUUUGGUAAAGAUUAAUUCCAUUAAAUUGUCGAGUUUAAGAAAUAACUUUAUGCAUAAACAACGAAACCAGAGAAAACUGAUGAUGAUAUAUUUUAUAUAACUGAUAUAUUUUACAUAAGUGAUAUAUAAUUUGUACGAUUUAUUCCGAAAAUGUUUAUUCUAAAUAAAGUUUUUUCAAAGAAAAAUAUUUAUUUAAA